ACUGAAGGAAACACAAAACACAUAUCAUACCCUGAAACUGGAAGCUUGACCCCAGUCACCUCAAUACGCUCAGUGUCAACUGGACGAAGAGAACACUCCACGGCACGCUCUUCCAUCACUUCUGCUUCAGAGACAACAGUGUCUUCUCAAAGCCACAGGACACAGACCAAGGACAGCACCAGAGAAUCUCAAAGCAGCAUGAGAUUGGCAGUGAUCACAACAACCCCUUCAUCCUCUCUAAAUGGACACACCCUCACAGAGAGCACCUCACAGGAGAUAUCCGUCUCUGGGGAAGGAAGGACUUCAUCUCCUUCUAGCGUCAGCCACAAACCUUCCACAGUGUCAGAAAUACCCAUGUCAACAACGUCUACAGAUGACACUUCAGCCUCCUCCAGUACAAGCAACAGACAUCAAAUGAUAUCAGAGUUCCACCAAACACCAACCUCCACAGACACCACCGUAGGAAACACAAAAUACGCAUCAUACCCUGAAACAGCAAGUUUUACUGCAGUCACCUCAACACUCUCAGUGUCAUCUGGACUAGAGGAACAGUCCACGGCACCCUGUUCCAUCACUUCUACCCCAGAGACAUCAGCAUCUUCUCAAAGUUACAGGACUCAAACCAUGGAGACCAUCAGGGAAUCUCAAACCAGCACUAUCUCAGCAGUGAUCACAUCAACUCUUUCACUGUCCUUAAGUGGACACACCCUUACAGAAAGCAUCUCACAGGAGACAUCCACCCCUGAGAAUGCAAGCACUUCAUCUCCUUCCAGCAUCAGCCAGAAACCUUCGGCAACCUCAGAAAUGCCCCUGUCAACAUCCUCCACAGAUGACACUUCAGCCUCUUCCCAUGCAAGCAACUCACAUGCAGUGACAUCAGAGGUUUCCAUAACACCAGCAUCAACAGACACCACUGUAGGAUACACAAAACAUACAACACACCCUGAAAUAGGAAGUUUUACUCCAGUCACCUCAACACUCUCAAGGACAAAUGGAGUAGAUGGACACACAACAGCCUCCUCUUCCAUUACUUCUACUGCAGAGAUGACAGCAUUUUCUCAUGACUACAGGAGUCAGAGCAUAGAGACCAGCAGAGAAUCUCAAACCGACACUACGUCAGUCUUCAUCACCUCAACUCCUUCAUCUUCCUUAAAUGGACACACUCUUACAGAGAUCGUCUCACAGGAGAUAUCUACCUCUAGGAAAGCAAGCACCCUAUCCUCUUCUAGUGUCAGCAUUGCACCUCUAACAACAUCAGUUUUAUUGACAGUACCAACCUCAACAGAUACCACUGUAGGUAAUGGAAAGGACACAUCAACUCCUAUUACUAGAACUGUUAUUCCAGUCCCUUCAACAGUACCCAUGAAAAGUGGACUAGAAGUACAAUCAAUUGCAAUCUUUUCCAGCACAUCUACUCCAGGAACAUCAGCAUCUACCCAGAAUUACCAGACUCCAAGCAUAGAGACCACCAGAGAAUCUGAAUUCAGUGAAAUUACAUCAGCAACCACAUCAGCUCUUUUAUCUUUACCCAGUGGACAUACUCUUUCAGGGAGAAUUCCUCCGGCAAUAUCUCCUUCAGGUGAAGCAAUCACUUCACCUACUUCCAGUGACAGUAAAACACCUUUGACAACAUCAGAGACAUUGACAGCCUCAACUUCAAUAGACACUACUGUAGAAAAUACAGGAGAUACAUCCCUACCUGUAACUAGUAGUUUUCCUCCCUUCAUUCCUAGUGUUUCUACAACAUGGCAGUCAGCAAUACAACCAACACCACUGUCUAUCAGUACUCCAGCUCCAAAAACAUCUACAGUUUUCCAUACCCACCCAGACACAGAGACAGCAGGAUGGCCUCAUUCCAACAGCUCAAUGUCAUUCAUUCCAGAUAAAACAACAUUCACUUCCUCAUCCUUCAGUGAUAGCAGUCACACAACUCAGUCACAAAAAGAACUGUUUUCAACACCAAUGGUUUCCACUAUACUGGUUACAGAAAGUUCAUCUUCUUCAAUAGCUAGCAGUAUUUCUGGGGUUACCUCUACAGUCUCAACAGUAGAUGAAGAAGUGCCAACCCCACACUCCUAUCUAAGCACAUCUCCUCAGGAAACAACAGUGGCAAUUUCCAAGACUCACUGGACACAAGGCAUAGGGACCACUGGAGAUAUUCAUGUCAGCAGAAGCUCCAAUGUAACCCAAACCGUCAAAACAGUUACAUCUGCAUCUCCUUCAUCCUUACUAAGUGAACACACAUCUCAACAAACUAUAACAUCAAGCCCAGCGAGGCAGUCAACACCACUCUCUAGCAGCACCUCUUCUCAAGAAUCAUCAGUUGUUUCCCAGAUAGGUCAUACUCAAGGUCCACGGACCACACAAGAAUCCCAAACCACAAGUUUAAUCUUCCCCAUGACAGACACAAUCAAGACAGUCACAUCUGCAACUUCUCCUUUCAAAUCAAGUGGACAUUUGCCCUCAGAAAAUGUUCCUCAGGAUACACCCACCACAGGUGAAGUUACAACCUUCACACCAGCACCCUCAAGGGACAGCCACACAACUCAGGUCCCUACCACUACCACAGAACUAUGGACAUCACCAACCAGUGCUGACACCAGCCCGGGAACAUUAAGAGGCACAUCACUUUCCAUUAAAAGCACCACUUUUCAGAGCUCUGUCGUUUCAACAACAGUAGGCCCAAGAGGACAAUCAACAUCCCCUGCUUCUAGUGCCUCACCUGACACAUCAGCCAUUUCCCAAACCCACCAGACACAAAGCACAGUGACCACUGGAGAACCACAUACCAACACACCAGCCUCCUUGGUAACAGAUACCACCUUUUUGGCAGACACCAUCUUGGUGGGCACAGCUACAGCUUCUUCAUCUACAGCAAGCAGCCAAACAACUUUAGGAAGUGCUUUCCCGGGAAUAUCCACCUCAGAUAAGAUCAAGGGUUUCUCACCAACUUUCUCCAGGGAAAACCACAUAACUCAAUCUAAAACUGAGUUGUUGUCCUCUGCAGCAAGUCAUGACACUACUCCAGGAACCAUGGAAUUGGUGUCCAUUAUUGUCCCCAACACCUCUCAAGAAAUAUCAGCUGUUUCCCAGAAGGCUCAGACUCAAAUUAUAGGAAGCACCAGAGGAUCUGAAGCCAUAAGCUCAGUCUCCCAGGUGACUGACACCUUCUCAACAGUUACACCUCCACCUCCUUCAUCUACACCAAAUGUGCGCAUGUUACCAAAAACCACUGCCCACACUCUGUCAUCUUCAGACACCAGCACAACACUAAUCUCCAACCCAAGUCCAUUGCCUACUCUUCACUCCACCACUCUAUUCACAGGGCACUCUGCUCCUCUGUCUGUUACCAGCACUUUCCCACCAUCCACUGCAUCCUCAAGCUCCAUUGUGAAGACUCAGACACCAGGAACAAUCACAACUUCACUGAGGACAGGCAGCCAGAGAAGCACAACAUCACUACCACCAACAACCUCCCAGACCCUUACAACGUCCACUCCCAGCACAUCUACAAGCAAACAAUCAACUGCUGUCCCAGUCCCUAUCAAGCCCAAAAAAGGUGUUUCCCUCUUUCCCUAUGGACCAAGCGUUGGAGAUCAGGAGUUUGUCAGGAGGACUGUGGACUUCACCUCACCACUCUUCAAGCCCCAGAUUGGCUUCCCUCUUGGCUCCUCUCUCCGGGAUUACCUCUAUUUCACAGAUAAUGGCCAGAUCAUUUUCCCGGAGUCAGAGUACCAGAUUUUCUCCUACCCCAAUCCUCCCCUUAGAGGCUUCACAGGCUGGGACCCUGUGGCCCUGGUGGCUCCAUUCUGGGAUGAUGCUGAUUUUUCCGGCAGCCAUGGAACCAUAUUUUACCAGGAAUAUGAGACACUCUAUAAUGAACACAACCUGCUAGUCUGGCAGGUGGAGUCUUGGAUUAAAAAGUUCGCACACAUCCGGAACUACAAAGCCAGGUGGACCCUAAAAGUCACAUGGGUCAGUGCCCCUGCCUAUCCUGCCCAGUGGACCUUUGGGACCAACACCUACCAGGCCAUCCUCUCCACAGACGGGAGCAGGUCCUACGCCCUGUUUCUCUACCAAAGUGGUGGUAUGCAGUGGGAUGUGACCCAGCGCCCAGGCAACCCAGUCCUCAUGGGCUUCUCCAGUGGAGAUGGGUAUUUUGAAAACAGCCCACUGACAUUCCAGCCAGUGUGGGAGAAGUAUCAUCCAGACCAAUUCCUGAAUUCCAACUCAGGUCUCCAGGGCCUGCAGGUCUAUAGGCUACACAGGGGAGAAAGGCCCAACUACCGUCUCAGGUGCCUGCAGUGGUUGAAUAGACAGCCCCAGUGGCCCCAAUGGGGCUGGAACCAGGUGUCCUGCCCUUGCUCCUGGCAGCAGGGACUGUGGGACUUACGAUUCCAGCCCAUCAGCAUAGGCUGGUGGGGCCUCGGCAGCAGGCAGCUGUGCCGUGUUUCCUCCUGGCGUGGAGGCGUGUGCUGCAGCUACGGGCCCUGGGGAGAGCUUCUCCAGGGCUGGACAGUGAGCACUCCUUGGCAGUUUGACCAAGAACUGGAGCCAUGGGACUGGUGCUGCCGUGGGACCAACAAGCCCUCCUUCUGUACCCUGUACCAGCAGAGGCGGCCCCGCAUCGGCUGUGCUGGGUACCGUCCCCCAAGGCCUGCCUGGAUGUUUGGGGAUCCCCACAUCACCACCUUGGAUGGUGCCAAUUACACCUUCAACGGACUGGGGGACUUCCUGCUGGUCCGGGCCUGGGACAGAAACUCCUCCUUCCUGCUGCAGGGCCGCACUGCCCAGACCAGCUCAGCCCAGGCCACCAACUUCAUUGCCUUUGCAGCUAAAUACAACACCAGCAGCCUGAACCCCAUCACAGUUCGAUGGCUCCUCAAGCCGAAUGACACAAUCCAUGUGCAGGUCAAUAACCAGACUGUGACAUUUGAGACUAACCAUGAAGACCCAGAAGGCCAGGAGAUAUUCAACACCACCGGCAUUGUAAUGACCCGCAAUGGCUCCCUCGUGUCAGCCAGCUUCGAUGGGACCGUGACCAUCUCCGUGACCGCCCUUUCCAACAUCCUCCAUGCCUCCUGCAGCCUCCCAGAGGAGUAUCGAAACAGCACAGAGGGCCUCCUGGGAGUCUGGAACGACAAUCCAGAUGAUGACUUCAGGAUGCCCAAUGGCUCCACCAUUCUCAACAAAAGCAAUGAGUGGCAGCUUUAUCAAUUUGGAAUGACCUGGAAAAUCAAUGAUACAAGACUCCUUGGCAAGAGAGACAACCCUCUCCCUUCCAACUUCACCCCUGUCUUCCUUUUCCAACUGAAGAACAACAACUCGGGUGAAAAUCUGGUCUCUGAGUGUAAUGGAGAUGAGCAGUGCAUUUAUGACAGCCUGGCCACAGGAAACACAAGCACCGGCCUGAACACUAAGAUGCUCUUUAGCAGAUACCAGCUGAUGAACGCCACCCUCAGUAAGUACCCACCUUCUAUCAAGGGUGAGCAUGUGGUGGAAGCCUAUCUGGGGCAGACCAAGCUGACUCAGUACACCAGCAGUUCUGAGAACGUCAUAUUCACCCUAAGAAACAGCAACACUGACUUCAAGCUCUUUGAGAAUGGGACAUUGCUAUGGACACCAAAGUUGUUGGAACCAUUCACUCUGGAGAUUCUAGCAAGAAAUGCCAAAGUCAACUUGACAUCUGUACUCCAGCCAAAGACAGUGGUCUGUGCCUGCAGGGAAGAGAGCCAGUGUUUAUACAACCAGACCAGCUGGGUGGGCAAUUCCUCCCUGGAGGUGGCCGGCUGCAAGUGUGAUGGGAACAGCUUUGGCCCCUACUGCAAACGCUCCAGGGACCCCUGUGAGGAGCCAUGCUUCCCGAAUGUAAAGUGCAUUCCUGGGGAGGGCUGCGAGGCCUGCCCCCAAAACCUGACUGGGGAUGGGCGUCAUUGUGCAGCUCUGGAGAACUCUCCCCUCUGUCAGAACGUGUCCUGCCCUGUGAGUUACUGCUACAACCAGGGCCACUGCUACAUCUCCCAGACGCCAGACUGCCAUCCCACUUGCACCUGUCCCCCAGCCUUCACUGACACCCGCUGCUUUGUGGCUGGGAACAAUUUCACUCCAACCAUCCAUCAAGAUCUUCCCAUAAGAAUCAUCCAGCUCUCACUCAGGGAAGGAGAAAAUGCCACCAUGACAGAUGUCAAUGCCUCGGUGGCCUACAGACUGGGGAAGCUGGAUGUGCGGGCUUUUCUCCAGAACAGCCAAGUGGUACCAAUCAAUUCUGGGGCAACACAGGCCUCAGGAAGAAACCUUCAACGCUGGAGUGUCAUCUCGGAGUUCCAGUACCUCCCUCGGGGUCCUGUUAUCGACUUCCUAAACACCAAGCUGCUGGAUGCAGUGGUAGAGGCAUUCUUACCCCAGGCCUCAUGGAGGAGAUGGAACAGAAGUGAGGGGCCCAGGACAAACGUGAACUUCCAUUCCAUCUCCAGGGAAGAUGUGUACAGUGUGAAGGCUUUGAACGUGAGCAUGCUGAAGACUUACUUCAAAUGCAAUGGCUACAAGGGUUACCACCUGGUCUACAGCCCCCACAGUGGCCUGACCUGUGUGUCCCCGUGCAGUGAGGGCUACUGUGAGCACGGAGGCCAGUGCCAGCACCUGCCCCAAGGGCCCCGUUGCAGCUGUGUGCCCUUCUCCAUCUACACGCCCUGGGGCGAACGCUGUGAGCACCUGAGCAUGAAGCUUGGCGCCUUCUUCGGGAUCCUCUUUGGAGCACUGGGAGCCCUCUUGCUGCUGGGGGCGGUGGUGUUUGUGGUCCUGCGCUUCUGGUGCUACCCCAGGAACCAGUACUCCUACCCUCUGGACACAGAAAGCUGAGGCCUCACCCCAAAGGGGUAGCUGGGGCCUAAGAUACUUCAGGACCCACCCCAGCCUCACCCACGUAUUGACCAGUACCUUGGCUUUGAGGAGACUGGGAAAAGGAAGGUGCCUGAAGGUGAUUCAGGAUUCUUCAAGGGAAUGAGUAAUAAUAAAGACAAUAGCACACCUUUUCAGUAGACACAGAGGCAGACAGAAAGGGCCAUAAAGACCACCUACUUAAAGGAUGGAUUCUUACACAUACAUACCUGCAAGAAGGACACUGACUUACAUACACACACAUCAGAGUUAAUAAUGUCUCAGUUAAAAUCCAAAAUGCAUUUGUAUACAA